AUGUUGGGUUUGGAGGUCAAUGGGUUCUGGAGCUCCCACCAUCUCCCUUUUGGAGUAUAUUCAGGGUUUCAUAAGCAGGUUCUGAUGCUUAUAGAUGCCAGCUUUGGGUUUGAAAUGGAAACAUUUGAGUUCCUAAACAUCUGUCAAGUACAUGGCUUUCCUAAAAUUAUGGGCGUUCUCACUCACCUAGAUUCCUUUAAGUAUAAUAAGCAACUGAAGAAGACAAAGAAGCGACUAAAACACAGGUUCUGGACCGAAGUCUACCCGGGUGCCAAGCUAUUUUACCUUUCUGGAAUGGUACACGGAGAAUAUCAAAACCAAGAAAUUCACAAUCUGGGCCGUUUUAUUACAGUUAUGAAGUUUAGGCCUCUAACAUGGCAGACUUCUCACCCUUAUAUCCUGGCAGACAGGAUGGAAGAUUUGACAAACCCAGAAGAUAUUCGAACAAAUAUCAAGUAUGACCGAAAGGUGUCUCUUUAUGGUUAUCUAAGAGGAGGAUACUUGAAAAAUAAAAGCCAAAUUCACAUACCAGGUGUAGGAGAUUUUGCUGUGAGUGACGUCAGUUUCCUCCCAGACCCCUGUGCGCUUCCUGAACAACAAAAGAAGCGCUGUUUAAAUGAGAAGGAGAAGCUGGUGUAUGCACCUUUCUCUGGAGUUGGUGGUGUGCUGUAUGACAAAGAUGCGGUCUAUGUCGACCUUGGGGGCAGCCAUGGCUUCCAGGAAUCGGAGGAGGUGAGGCCCACCCAUGAACUGGUCCAGAGUCUCAUUUCCACCCAUUCCACUAUUGAUGCCAAGAUGGCUUCAAGUAGAGUGACACUUUUUUCUGAUUCCAAACCACUCGGGUCAGAGGAUAUAGAUAAUCAAGGGCUGUGGAUGCCAAAAGAGGAAAAGCAGGUGGAUUUGAAAACUGGUCGAGUGCGUCGGAAAGCCAUUUUUGGAGAUGAAGAAGAUGAGUCUGGAGAUAGUGAUGAUGAAGAUGAUAAAGAAAUGUCUGAAGGUGACAGGUUGGAAAAUAGCUCUAGUGAUGAUGAAACAGAAGAGGGGGAAGAUGCUGAAAUGACUGGUAAACAGUAUAUGUCUGGUAAAGGUAUCAAACGGCAAAAACUUGAGAUGGAAGAAGACGUUGAGGUGGAUUUGCCAGCGUUUGCUGACAGUGAUGAUGACCUUGAGAGAAGCUCAGUAGAAGAAGCAACAGAGGAAGCUGAUGAAAGCAUUGAAGAAGAGGAUUCCACUGCAGAGGAAGAGAGGGAUAUUUUAGAAUCUAAAGCUGUUAGAAAAGGUGGUAAGGCAGGACUGUUACAAACUAAUGGUCUGAGUGAUAGUUUGAAUCUGGAGAAGUCUUUGACAAUGAAAAAAGCAACCCUCACCACUUCAGAUUCAGGUCAUUGCACAGCUGAAGAGGCAUUUGCAUCUGAAGAUGAAUCUGAAGAAAACUCCUCUCUCAGUACAGAGGAGGAGGAUUCAGAAAAUGAAGAGGUUAUUAGGAAAAAGUUUCCAAAGCCUUCUCAAGUGGUCAGUAGUCAGAAACUGGGGUCAGAGAACUUAAUUGAUGAGACCAGUGAUAUAGAAGACUUACUCAGAGAAGAAGAAGAUUAUAAGGAAGAAAAUAACUAUUCCACAGAAACUUCAGGUGCCCUCAAGUGGAAGGAAGACCUUUCCAGGAAGGCAGCUGAGGCCUUUCUGAGGCAGCAACAAACAACUCCAAACCUUCGAAAGCUCAUUUAUGGGACAGUAGUGACAGAGGAUAAUGAAGAAGAAGAUGGUGAUACCAAGGAAGAGCUCGGAGGGUUGUUUCGUGUCAACCAGUCUGCCAGCGAGUGUAAGCACAAGGCUGACUCUUUGGACUGCUCCAGAUUUCAUGUGGAGGUGCCCCAUGAUUGGGAUUUAGAGGAGGUUAUGAACAGUAUCAGAGAUUGCUUCGUGACUGGGAAGUGGGAAGAGGAUAAAGAUGCAGCCAAGAUCUUAGCAGAAGAUGAGGAGCUCUAUGGUGACUUUGAAGACCUGGAAACAGGGGAUGUGCACAAGGGAAAAUCAGGCCAGGAUACUCAGGUUGAAGAUGUGGAGGAAGAAGUUAAAGAAGAAGUUGACCCCAAUGCAGAGGAAAGUGCUAAGAAAAAGCAUUUGGAUAAAAAGAGAAAAUUGAAAGAGAUGUUUGAUGCAGAAUAUGAUGAAGGAGAAAACACAUACUUUGAUGACCUUAAAGGAGAAAUGCAGAAACAAGCACAGCUUAACCGGGCAGAAUUCGAAGAUCAAGAUGAUGAAACCAGAGUUCAGUAUGAGGGUUUUCGACCUGGGAUGUAUGUCCGAAUUGAGAUAGAAAACGUCCCCUGUGAAUUCGUGCUUAACUUUGACCCACAUUACCCAAUUAUUUUGGGUGGUUUGGGCAAUAGUGAGGGCAAUGUUGGAUAUGUACAGAUGCGUCUGAAGAAACAUCGUUGGUAUAAGAAAAUCCUCAAGUCCCGAGAUCCAGUCAUUUUUUCUGUAGGGUGGAGGAGGUUUCAGACCAUCCCACUUUAUUAUAUUGAAGACCACAAUGGAAGACAAAGGCUUCUGAAAUACACCCCACUGCACAUGCAUUGUGGAGCAACCUUUUGGGGUCCUAUCACUCCACAGGGUACUGGGUUCUUGGCAAUACAGUCUGUCAGUGGCGUAAUGGCUGAUUUCCGGAUAGCUGCCACAGGAGUUGUCCUUGAUCUGGAUAAAUCUAUAAAAAUUGUGAAGAAAUUAAAGCUAACUGGUUUUCCAUAUAAAAUUUUCAAGAAUACUUCAUUCAUUAAGGGAAUGUUUAAUUCUGCUUUGGAAGUCGCCAAAUUUGAAGGUGCUGUGAUUCGAACUGUCAGUGGAAUAAGGGGACAGAUCAAGAAGGCGCUCCGGGCUCCAGAAGGAGCCUUCCGGGCCACCUUUGAGGAUAAACUGCUGAUGAGUGACAUUGUCUUCAUGAGAACUUGGUAUCCUGUCUCUGUUCCAGCCUUCUAUAACCCAGUAACAUCUUUGUUGAAACCAGCUGGUGAGAAAGACACCUGGUCAGGAAUGCGGACAACUGGUCAACUCCGGCUCUCCCAUGGCAUCAAACUAAAGGCCAGCAAGGAUUCUCUGUAUAAGCCAAUUGUGAGGCAAAAGAAACAUUUUAAUUCACUGCACAUUCCAAAAGCCUUGCAGAAGGCCCUGCCAUUUAAGAGCAAGCCCAAGACCCAAGCAAAGGCAGGCAAGAUUCCGAAGGACAGACUGAGACCAGCUGUCAUACGGGAGCCUCAUGAAAGGAAGAUCCUUGCGCUGCUGGAUGCUCUGAGUACAGUGCACAGUGAGAAGGUGAAGAAAGCCAAGGAGCAACGGCAUCUACACAACAAAGAACACUUCAAAGUGAAGCAGAAGGAGGAAGAAGAGAAACUGAAGCGACAGAAGGACCUCAGGAAGAAGCUCUACCGAAUUCAGGGUCAGAAAGAAAGAAGAAAUCAGAAGUCCAGCCUGAAGGGGCCUGAGGAGCAAUUGAAGUGAUCUGCAGACAGACAGACAGACAGUCAUUUGAAUCUGCAGUGAUGAAUGGUUUCAUAUAUUGCAGUACUUUUAAAUAACAAGUCAGGGGAGUGGAACCUAAGCACAACCUCUUUGUUGGAUUUAUUGCCUAGACUGUGCCUUUGAGAGGAGAAAUGGAGACUGCUGAUAGGACGCCUGUUCAUUCUCAACAUCUGGGUUAUGUCAAAAUAAAGCGAUAUAAUUUAUGGUUUUCUAGAUUCCCUCACAUUCCUCUUACCUGUCUCAGUUUAAUUUUGUGCUACAAAAGUAUCAUUAAAAUAUCUUCUUGUUAA